UCUUCAUAGCUAAGUGAACGCUUAGAAAUGAAUGAUUUCAAUUAAACACCUCACUAUAUUUUGUUACAAUGUAUUUCUUUACAUUUUUCUGAAGGCCUGCUUAAGCAGUGGUGUGUGCUGGCCUCUCAUUGGAGCAUCCAGCGUGAGGCAGAGCUUGUCAAUGUUCUCAUGGCUCAAGAAAGGAGCUGUCGCCUGAGAGUAUAUCUGGAGGACACAGGAGAGACCUUCAAUUUGAAGAAGUGUCACAGCAACAUGACGAUAGGGGAGCUGAAGACCAACCUGGAGCUGGUAACUGGAAUCCCUACCAAUCUGCAAAGGCUCUACUACAUUGAUGAGGGGGAAAUGCCUGACAAUGUUACAUUAAAAUACAAUGGUGUCAUAAAAAAUUCAACAAUAAAAAUGAAAACCUGGCUUCAAGAUGGUUGGCGGGAGCUGCUGUAUGCUGCUGCACACGGUGAUAUUAAUAAGUUAAUAUCACUCGGAGUGACCACUGACACUAAGUACUCCACUCCAUAUUUGAGGCAACUGAACGCCAGACAAAAGGAGGCCUGGAUUGCAGAACGUGCUUUUGUUGCACUCUUUAUUGCUGCUCACAGGGGCCACGUGAACACCGUCAAUUUUCUUCUGAUCAAUGGUGCUAAUCCAAAUGCCAAAACUGCAAGUGGACGCACUGCUCUCCACAUGGCAGUUGUCAUGGCCAGGUCUGAGUGCCUUGACCAGCUGCUGCUUCAUGGAGCUGAGGCCGAAGACCCUGACGGUAAUGCUGAGACGUUGAUGAGUCUGGCUCAUAUGACAGGACACCAGGGCAAUAUCAGCAAGCUCUUCCAAGUCCAAUGGAUGAAACGGAAAACUGGCAUUAAGACCAAUUCCCUCAUGGACAAGUCAGCUCUCUUUGCUCACCAAAAGUUUGACUCCACAUUGAAGACAUGGCACAAGGGCACUUAUGGCACGGUCUACAUGGCCAACCUGCUGAAACCGGGUGAGCCACGAGCUGCCACUAUUAGAGUGCAGAAGAGCCUAGUCCAGAAAAACCGACCCACCAGCACUGCCAGGCUGUCCGGGCGCAGGAAAAGCAGUAAACAAACCCAAAAGCCCAAUCCGAUCAAAGGUAUAAGUGAAGCACAGGAUGGCAUAUUAACCACACAGCCCAGUGAUAGUUGGCAGAAAGAGGCUACUGGCACCAAUUCUCAAGUAAACAACAAAGACUCCCUCAGGCAAGAUGCCUCCUUGUUAGCCAAUGUAAAGUCCAAACCCAGCAAAACAAAACCUCAAGAGGGUGGGCAGGCCAACCCAUCUUAGCUGAGGUAGACUGGGGGCAGUGGCAGAAUGAAGGGCGAGGGACAGAGGAAGGACAGACCUUGGCAAUGGGUUGCUAGAGGGGGAGAUGAUGAAGGAAGGUGGGAGAGAAGGUGAUGCCGCUGCAAGGAGAGAUAGGGAGGAGGGAGAGGGAUAGGAUUGAGGAGA